AUGAUACUUCCUUUUGCCAAAUACAUUCUCUUUCGUAAUAACCUUUUGUUUAGAAAGGUUUCUCCUUUACCUAGGAUUUUUCAAGGACACGACUAUGAGCAGUUCAAUCCACUUCAGCAAAAAUUUUCUACUUCUGACCACUGUGAAAGAUUAUCAUGGGAACGUUCCAACAAAGAAAUUCUAUUGGAGAAGCUUAAGUUUGCUUUGAGGAAUCAUCAGGUGCAUGAAGCAUGGGAAUCCUUUCAGGACUUUAGGAGCCUUUAUGGUUACCCUGAGGUCCAUCUAGUGAACCAGCUCAUUGUUCAAUUGUCCUAUUCUUCCAGUCAUGUUUGGAUGCGAAAAGCUUGUGAUUUGGUGUUGCAGAUUGUUGGAGAGAAGUCAGGUUUAAUUCAUGCUGAUACCUUAACCAAACAUGCACUCUCUCUUGCUAGAUUGCAAAUGCCAUCCCCUGCCUCAGUGAUACUCAGAUUGAUGCUUGACAAAGGGUGUGUGCCCUCUAUGCAUUUAUUGUCCUUGGUUGUUUUUCACAUUGUGAAGACAGAAAUUGGAACACAUCUUGCAUCUAAUUAUCUGUUUCAAAUUUGUGAUUUUUACAAUUGCUUGAAUGAUAAUAAGGUUCACCAUGCAGUCACGGUCAAGCCGGAUACCCUGGUCUUUAACCUUGUUCUUGAUGCUUGUGUGAGGUUUAAGUUAUCUUUGAAAGGCCUGAGACUAAUUGAAUUAAUGUCGCUGACUGGGACCAUGGCUGACGCACACUCGAUUGUGAUAAUUUCACAGAUUCUAGAGAUGAACGGUCUGAGGGAUGAAAUGCAGGAACUGAAAGAUCAUGUUGACAGAGUUUCGGCUGCUUAUGUGUGUCACUAUCGUCAAUUCUAUGAUAGUUUGUUGAGCUUGCACUACAAAUUUAAUGACAUUGAUGCUGCGGCUAAGCUUGUUCUGGAUAUGAUUAACUCGCAUAAUUGUAAUGUUAAGAAAGAAUAUGGGAAACAUCUGCAGAAUCCUUGCUUUAUUGCCAUUGGAUCUCCCAACCUUAGGACUGCAUUGAAGGUACAUAUUGAGCCUGAGAUACUGUGUAAGGAUUCUGUCCUUAAAGUUGAAAGCAGACAGGUUCUUAUUAUUUAUAGGGGUGGGAAACUAGUUCUUAGUAAUAGAGCUUUGUCUAAGUUCAUCAUUGGUUACAAGAAAGAUGGGAGGAUCGUUGAACUUUCAAAACUUUUACUUAGUAUUCAAGGGGAACUAUGUUCAGUGGCAGGCUCCAGUUUGUGUUUUAAUGUAAUCGGUGCUUGUAUUCAGUUAGGCUGGCUUGAGUGUGCUCAUGACAUUUUGGAUGAUUUAGAGACUAUUGGUUCUCCAAUGGGCCGGGAUGUGUAUAUGUUACUCGUGUCAGCAUAUCAGAAGGGAGGAAUGCAAAGAGAAGCAAAGGCACUGGUGAAACAGAUGAAAAAGGUCGCUUUGUUGGACAAAGAGUUAUCUGAUGAUGCUAUGGACGAACACAACGUCUGUGAAGAAACAUUAAAUGCCCUUGGUAAAGCCGAUUUGGCUAUUGCCUUGGCUCAAAUAUUGAAAGAUGAAGAUCAGACAGUUUUUCCUUUGGUGUAUAACUUCAAUGCUUCCAUUUUCUUUUUCUGCAAGGCCAGAAUGAUAGAGGAUGCAUUAAAGGCAUAUAGAAGAAUGGUUAGCAUGAAAGUUCAGCCGACAAGUCAAACUGUUGCCUUUUUGAUUUGUGGUUAUUCUUCUCUUGGUAUGUAUCGUGAGAUCACAAUCUUGUGGGGAGACAUAAAGAGAUUCAUGAAGAGUGACAGUUUAGUGGGAAGUAGAGAUCUCUAUGAGUUACUGUUGCUAAACUUUCUUCGAGGUGGUUACUUUGAGAGAGUGAUGGAGGUCAUUAGCCAUAUGAAAGACCAUAAUAUGUAUCCUGACAAGUGGAUUUACAAAAGUGAGUUCCUUAGACAUCAUAAGAAUCUUUAUAGAAGUUUAGAAGCAUCAAAUAUAAGAACAGAGGCACAAAGUAAACGACUUGAGCAUGUUCAGGCAUUUAGGAAAUGGGUGGGUAUUGAUUAG